AUGUCAGACCAAGCCAAACGCCGCCUCGAGGCCACGGCCAACCACCUCUCCGGCAGCUCCAGCCUCGCCCCCAUCAUCAAAGUAGCCCCUGAAUCCACCACCCCCCGAGCCGCCGGCAAGGUGGUCAUCAUCACUGGCGCCAACUCCCUCCUCGGCAUCGGCCGCGCCUCAGCCCACCAAUUCGCCCAAAACGGCGCCCGCGCAGUCUACAUCUGCGACUUUGACCCCUCCAACCUCGCCGCCCACAAAGCAGAGCUCACAACCCUCUACCCCUCAGUCGACGUCCACACCCGCCAAUUCGACGCCGCCCACGAGCCCUCUGUCGUUGAAGUCAUCAGCCACGCCAUGACCACCUACGGCAGGCUAGACGUCUUCUUCGCCAACGCCGGCACCAUCGGCCCCAACGCCCUCUUCACCGACGUCGACCCAUCCGGCUUCAUGGAAACGAUGCGCGUCAACUCUCUGUCUGUCUUUUUGGCAGCCAAGCACGCCGCCCCGGCGAUGCAAAAGACCAGUCCAGGUAAAAAGGUUCCGGGGGGGAGUAUUAUUGCUACUGCGUCGGUGGCGGGGUUGAGGAGUAAUGCUGGUGAUACGAGCUACUCGGCUUCAAAGGCGGCGGUGGUGUCAAUGGCGCAGACGAUUUCUUAUCAGCUGGCGGGGACGGGGGUGAGGAUUAAUGCGCUGUGUCCGGGGCUGAUCGAGACGGGGAUGACGGCGCCUGUGUUUGAGAUGGCGAGGCAGAGGGGGACGCAGAAGAAGAUUGGGCAGCUGAAUCCCCUCAAGAGGGGGGGACACGCGGAUGAGAUUGCGAGGGUGGCGUUGUUUUUGGGGAGUGAUGAGAGUAGUUAUGUGAAUGGGCAGGCGUGGGCGGUGGAUGGGGGGUUGAGUGCUGGGCAUCCUUUUGUGCCGGGGAGGUUGGGUUGA